ACAUAUGUCUUUCCUUAUGUACAGGAGUGAAAUCCUAAUCUUCAACACUCAUCACUAAUACAUGACUUAAAACAAUAUGAGUGAACUAUAAAUAUGGAGAAAUUUGGUAAGGAAAAAUCUAAGGAUUAAGUCAUGGAAAAAGGAGGAAGAAGUAAGAAUUUUUCUGAAGAUUAUCGUCAUGAGAUUCAGCCAAAAGACAGAUAUAAUAUAGCUUACACUGUUCAUUUUAUACUUGGUUUAGGAAAUUUACUACCAUGGAAUGCCUUGAUCACUGCAAUUGAUUACUUCGGUUAUCUUUAUCCGACUAAACAUAUCGAUAAAGUAUUUUCUAUUGCUUAUAUGGGUUCUUCACUUCCUGUUCUUUUACUUUUGAUAGGUUGCCGGAGUAAUUGGUUUAGUCAUAAAGAGAGACACCUUAGUUUUAGAUUCAGAAUGAAUAUAGGUCUUUUUAUGUUUCUUUUAACUUUGAUGACUCCACCUAUCAUCGAUUGGUGUGGAGUGUCAACAUCGUCAUCGUAUUAUGUUAUAGUUGGUGCUGUUGUUGUUUGCGGUUUGGCCGAUGGGUUAAUAGGUGGAAGUUUGAUUGGUUUUGCUGGAGAACUUCCUGAACGAUAUAUGCAAGCCGUUUUCGCAGGAACUGCUUCUUCAGGUGUUCUUGUUUCAGUCUUGAGGAUCAUUACAAAAGCAUCUCUACCACAGAACCCAAAAGGUCUCCAAACAAGUUCCUACCUCUAUUUUUUAGUCAGUACUUCGCUCAUGUUAGGUUGCAUUAUCUGUUGCAACCUUCUAAACAGGUUACCAGUCAUCCAAUAUCACAUAGCACACAAAAAAGAAAUAUCAGCAUCAUUAUCACCCUCUACAGGGCCAAUUAAAUUUUGGGUGGUAGCCAAAAAACUCAAGUUCUCAGCACUUGGUGUCCUUUUCAUAUAUACAGUAACUCUAUCUAUUUUUCCAGGAUUCAUAACGGAGAAUUUUCAAUCUAAAAGUCUUAGAGAUUGGUACCCGGUUGUGCUGAUUACAGUAUAUAAUGUUUCAGAUUUAUUUGGUAAAUCAUUGCCUUCGAUAUUUAUUCCGAAAAGUAUCGGAAAAGUUGCAUGGGCUUGUCUGUUUGGCAGAGUUUUAUUUUAUCCUUUGUUUACAGCUUGUCUCCAUGGACCAAGAUGGUUAAGAAGUGAAGUUCCUGAAAUGAUUUUGAUAAGCUUAUUUGGGUUAAGCAAUGGGUAUUUAACUAGUGUACUUAUGAUAUUAGCUCCUAAAUCAGUAUCAGUUGUUGAAGCAGAGAUAGCAGGAAUAGUUAUGGCUUUGUUUCUUGGGUUUGGUUUAGUUUUAGGGUCUGUUGUUGGAUGGAUUUGGGUCAUUUGAAAAUUUUAAUGUAAUUAAG